AUGAAGGCUUCCUUGUUUGUUGCGGCCGCUGGCCUGCUCGGCUCAGCCUGCGCCAGUCCUCAUGCCCACGGCCAUGCCAAAUUCCACCGCCGUGGUGUUCCAGCUCCUCAGGAUACCUGCUCCUGCGUAACCAAGGUCGUUACCUUCUACGGCCCUCCAACUCUUGUUCCUGAGGCACCGGCAUCAGCACCACCAGUUGAGGCGACCACCACUGUUAAGUCCACCAGCUACACCACCCUGACUGUCGAUGUGACUGUCCCUGCUCCAGAGGCACCCACGCCUACUCCUGAGCAGCCCAAGCCUUCUGAGGAGCCUCAGCUUCCCACUCAAGUUAUCACCGUCUACCCAACUCCGGGAACCUACACCGUUCCCCCAACCACCUACACUGUCCCUAGUUCGACCACCGUAUGCGGUCCUACUCCCAGCGGGCCAGCCGGCCCUGGCAGUGACGCCUGCCCUGCUCCCACCGUUAUCGCUCCAGGCACUUACACCCAGACUGGCACGAUUGUGACCGUCACUGUCACCAGCCAGACUGUCGUCUGCCCUGCGCCAACUGGCGGUCACCCAGCACCACCAGCACCACCACCAGUCAAGGCUCCUGUUACUACUCCUGCCCAGCCAACCCAGGCUCCUGAGACCCCAACCAAGGCUCCUGAACCACCAAAGGCCCCAGAGCCACCAAAGGCUCCAUCCCCUCCUAAGGCUCCAUCCCCACCCAAGACUCCAGGCGGUGGCCUCGGUGGUGGAAAGACUGGUGGUAUGACCUACUCUCCUUACACCGACGACGGCCAGUGCAAGGGUGCCGAUGCUGUUAUGAAGGAUAUCGCCGUCAUCAAGGCUGCCGGCUUCAGCGCCGUCCGUAUCUACUCCUCUGACUGCGACGGCCUUAAGAACGUCGGUGAUGCCUGCCGAACCCACGGCCUCAAGAUGCUCAUCGGUGUCUUCAUCUCUGGCACUGGUAUUUCCGGAGCCCAGAAGCAAGUCACCGAUAUCACCAGCUGGAAGCAGUGGGACCUGGUCACCCUCAUUGUUGUCGGUAACGAGGGUAUUCACUCCGGCCACACCGAUGCCGGUGGUCUCGCUGGUUUCAUCGUCUCAGCUAAGGCCGCUUUCAAGGCUGCCGGCUACGGUGGCAUGGUCACCACUACCGAGACCGUCGAUAUCUGGCAGAGCCACGGCUCUACUCUCUGCGGUGCCGUCGACAUCAUUGGUGCCAACAUCCACUGCUUCUUCAACCCAGAUGUCGUCGCCAGCGAGUGCGGCAAGUUCGUCCGCGGCCAGAUCGAGCUUCUCGGCAAGAUCUGCCCUGGCAAGGACGUUAUCAACCUCGAGACUGGCUUCCCUACCAAGGGUAACCCCAAUAACCUCGCUGUGCCUGGUAUCAGCCAGCAGAAGGAGGCCAUCGACUCGCUUGUUAAGGAAGUCGGACCUCAGUCUAUCUUCUUCUCCUUCGUCGAUGACCCAUGGAAGGAUGAUGGUGCUUUCGGCAUCGAGAAGCACUGGGGAUGUAUCAAGGCCUUCCAGUAA